AUUUGAAUUUUGCUAAUAGAGAUUUAAUUCAUUUUGCUUUUCCACGUGUCAUAUAAUGAUUGGAUUCCGCUUAUUCUAUAAAUUCGGCUUCUUCUUCAAAAUAUUUAUCACCACUUCUUCUUCUUCGAUAUGAAAUUAACCAUGACUGUACCAAUUUCUUUUCUUCUCUUUUCUUUAGCCUGGCUUUUAUCAGCAGGCACGUGCACCACCAUAUUCACAUUCACUAACCACUGUAACUUUACAAUUUGGCCGGCAAGCAACUCCGGCACCGGCGCCGUAGUUGCCGACGGUGGCUUCGUGCUGCCGCCGGGUUCUACUGCGGCAUUCCCAGCACCGCCGGGCUGGUCGGGCCGAUUCUGGGCUCGCACCGGCUGCGUCUUCGACAAUGCCGGCAACGGCCGCUGCACCACCGGCGACUGCGGUGGAAGGCUGAGGUGUGCGAACGGCGGCGAGCCUCCGGUCAGCCUGGCGGAGUUCACCGUCGGCGGCGGCGGCCAGGACUUUUACGACGUCAGCCUCGUCGACGGCUUCAACGUCGGAGUCGGGGUCCGGCCUUCCGGUGGCUCCGGCGACUGCCGCGUCACUGCCUGCGGAGCGGACGUACUCGGCGACUGUCCGCCGGAGCUGCAAGUUAUCGGCGCCGCCGGAGCCGUGGUCGCGUGCAAGAGCGCGUGCCUGCGGUUUGGCACGCCGGAGUUUUGUUGCAGCGGCGAUCACGCGACGCCGGCGACUUGUGGGCCGACGCCGUACUCCCGCCGUUUCAAGAAGCUCUGCCCGACGGCGUACACGUACGCCUACGACGACAAGACGAGCACAUUCACGUGCUCCGGCGCCGACUACACCGUCGGUUUCUGUCCGACGGCGACUAUUUAGUGACUUAGUGUAACACCUCUGUAAUUGGGUUCUUAUUUAUCCCUGAAUAAUUAAUAAUAAUAUUAAUUUUUGUUUUCAGUUUAUCGUUUAUUUAUUUAUUAUCAAAUCUGUUAACAAAAUUGAAAAUAAUAUAUUAGUAAUUGACUGAUUGAUUGCGUCGAAAUGACAGAAGAAAAAUUCUGCAGACGCCGGACGGCAGUAUAGUCGGCGCGUGAGGGGAUUUGGGGGAAUAGUGGUCCCCACACUAUUAGAACAAUCAUGAAUUUUAAUU